GUCCGACAUUUUCACUGCCUCAUCAUCCUGGCUUAUCUUCAAGUUGUAAACUUUUGUUUUUACUUUCUUCCUCGUAUCUGCCUGGCAUUUUUGAUGAUGUAAUGUGAUUAUGUGAUUAUACCCCGACAAUCUGCAGCGAGACUGUCACGCUGCCAGUCUUGCCAAGAGGCGUGAGGAUAUUUUGGUUGAUAUUCGUGUUCAGACGAGUUUUUGUUGAUCAUCACGAUCCCCAACUGCCACUGUAGAAACGUUGGACGAUGCGCGCAACAGCGAACCUUUGGUGAUUGUGGUCUGGUCGGGACUGUGACAGAAGCCUUGCUGAACGAUUUGUGCGGGAUACGUUGUGGAUUUCUGCCAGGGAAGAAACACGGGAUUGAUCGGUGGUGGUUGCGGUGAAUGAUUGGCUGCUCAUUGCUUGACGGGACGCCGGGGAUUUUUAUAUCGGCCGCCACUGUUCCGCUUCCGAUUGGCACGCUCAGGGGAUUUGACUGCUUGUGCUGAUCCGCUUGAUCCUCCCCGUCUAACGACAAUGGUGGAGGAGACGUUGAGCGGACGGCUGGAGCAGUUGUCGGUGGAGGAGCUGGAGCGGUUGUCGUCGGCGCGACAGCAGAUGCUGAAGAUGCAGCGGCAGCAGGCGCAGAGUAAGGAGGAACGCCUCAAGAUGCUCAUGGCGCAGUACCAGCGCCACGAGCACAAACUCGACAACUACCGCCAUCUCCGCUCCAAUCUGCAGGCCCAGGAGCUGCGUCUGCGCGAGCUCCUGCAGCUCAAGGCGCAGCUGGAACGCCAGACCGUCGACAAAAAUCAGCUCAGCGAGGAGUUGGAGAAGACGAAAGCCGUGUUCGCCCUGCGCGAGCGCGAACUAGCGGAGGCCGUGGCCAAAGUGGACAUUUUAACACAGCAGUUAGACCGCAGCCGGCAGCAGACGCUGCGCGCCGCCGCGCAGUCCCGUUUCUCCCCGCAGGACACCGCCGAACUGGAGCGCCUGCGUAACGAGCAGCGCCAGCGUUCCCACGCCGUGCAGCAGACGAAACGCAAGGUGGAGGAGAAGGACACGGCGUUGCUGCACAAAACGCUGGCCAGAAACCAGCUGGACCAGAAAAUCAACGAGAUGGUCGAGCGCAUCCAGAAACGCCGGGUGCUGCAGCCGCAGAAUGCGGGCGCCCGCCCGGCGGCGGCGGCCGGCAUGUCGGAUGCCGAGAUGAACAACAUGAAACUCCCGCCGCAAAAACCGGUUCUCGCUGAGCGGGAGAACACCUUCAAAGCGGCCCCGUUGAAUUAUUGCGAGGAAGUCGUGCGCUGUCUGCCGAACGGGAAACCGCCCGCGGACGCCGCCAAACCGCCGACGGAAACGAAGAAACCCACCCUGCCGGUGCAGAACGGUCCCAGCUCCAAGUCCCUAUUAACCCCGCGCCCGCCCACCCCCCGCGGGCGGCGGGCGGGCUGCAGCGCGAGGACAGCGUCAGCGACGACAGCGCCGUCUGUCUGUCGGCCGCCGAGGCCGAGCGGGCGGCGGUGCUGGAUUUAUCCAGUUCCCCAGUUUGUCGAACAGCAGCACGAGUCAGCGGGAGGAACGGGAGGCGGAGGGCGGGCUCAAGGUGUCGCCCCGAAGGAGGGCCGGCGGCAUUCUCGGAGCAAGGACUUGCCGUUGCCGCCGCCGAUUGUGGGCGUGGUUACUGAGAAAGAGCCGGAAGUGAAGGCGGCGGCCAAGCGGGUGAAGUUUGAUCCGCAGGCGCUGCUGCUGGACGCGUCGCUGGAGGGGGAAUUAGAGCUGGUCAUCAAAACGUGUCAACAGGUGAUGGAUCCGUCGGCCAGCAACGACGAGGGCAUCACGGCGCUGCACAACGCCAUCUGCGCCGGCCACUUCCCCAUCGUCAAAUUCCUGGUGGAGUACGGCUGCGAUGUCAACGCGCAGGACAGCGACGGCUGGUCGCCCCUGCACUGCGCCGCCUCCUGCAACAAUCUCCCCAUGUGUCAGUUCCUCAUCGGGCACGGCGCCUGCAUCUUCGCCACGACGAGCAGCGAUAGUGAGAGCGCGGCGGAGAAGUGCGAGGAGGACGAGGCGGACUUCGAGGGCUGCUCGCAGUAUCUGCUGCAGUGUAUGCACGAUCUCGGCCGCAUCAACGACCACAUCGUCUUCGCGGUCUACCCCUACGAAGCUCAAAAUGCGGACGAAUUAACCUUCCGCUGCAACGACAAACUGCGCAUCCUGCGCCUGUCCGACGAGACGGAAACGGAGUGGUACUGGGCGGAGCGCGCCGAGCCGCCGCCCGCGGCGCAGGGCUACGUGCCGCGCAAUCUGCUGGCAUUGUAUCCGCGCGUGCAGCGCUCCUAAUAUUGGCAAUUAAUUCGCCAAUAAAUCGCAAUUAAUCUGCAAUUAAUUCGCAAUUAAUUUGAAUUAAUUCGAAAAUAAUUCGCAAUUAAUUUGCGAAUAAUUCUUUGGGAACGCUCCUUACGGCGACGCUACAUUCCUCGCUUGGCUCGCUUGCUAAAAUCAAUUCGGUGUGAUCAAACGGCUCUUGCGCAAUAUCCACGCGUGUGUUUUUUUUUUAUUAAUUCGCCAGUUAUUUGUUGCUUGAGAAAGACGCUGAUUAACAUGAUAAAAAAUACCUGCA